UCUCAUUCUAUAUUCGGGAAGAGGAAACACCUGGACGGUGUGCCUAGGAGUGACUGAGCGAGUCCCGGGACGCUGCCGGUCGCAGACUACAUUUCCCUCAAUGCCACGCGGCGCCCACGGAACCAAUCACUGCUGGCACUACACUUCCCAUGAGACCCCGCGAGAAAGGUAUUACUUGUGGUCGUACACGCAUCCCUGUUUUAGGAAAACUUGGGACUUUUGAAACUUGUUCCCUAAAACGAAUUCCUCUUAGAAACUUUUCAGAAACACCAGCAUAUUUUGCUUCAAAGGAUGGUGCAAGCAAGGAUGGCUCUGGAGAUGGAAGCAAGAAAUCCGUUGGUGAGGGUGGUGGUAAAAAGUCAAGCUCUGGAAGCUCUGGGAAAGGAGGGAACCAACUGCGCUGCCCGAAGUGUGGGGACUUGUGCACACACGUGGAGACCUUUGUGUCUUCCACCCGUUUUGUGAAGUGUGAAAAGUGUCACCACUUUUUUGUUGUCCUGUCAGAGGCAGACACAAAAAAGAGCAUCAUUAAAGAGCCCGAGUCAGCAGCAGAAGCUGUGAAAUUGGCAUUCCAGCAGAAGCCACCACCUCCACCGAAAAAGAUUUACAACUACCUCGACAAAUACGUUGUUGGUCAGUGUUUUGCCAAGAAGGUGCUUUCAGUUGCGGUGUAUAAUCAUUACAAGAGGAUCUACAAUAAUAUCCCAUCUAACCUGAGACAGCAAGCAGAAGUUGAGAAACAGACUUCAUUAACACCAAGAGAAUUAGAAAUCAGAAGACGGGAGGAUGAGUACAGAUUUACAAAACUCCUGCAGAUUGCUGGAAUCAGUCCACAUGGUAAUGCUUUGGGAGCAUCAAUGCAGCAACAAAUGAACCAGCAGAUACCUCAGGAAAAACGGGGAGGAGAAGUACUAGAUUCACCCAAUGAUGACAUUAAACUUGAAAAAAGUAAUAUAUUGCUGCUUGGACCAACUGGAUCAGGUAAAACCUUGCUGGCUCAGACUCUGGCUAAAUGCCUAGAUGUCCCUUUUGCUAUCUGUGAUUGUACCACCUUGACUCAAGCUGGCUAUGUUGGGGAAGAUAUUGAAUCUGUCAUCGCAAAACUCCUGCAAGAUGCCAACUACAACGUAGAAAAAGCACAGCAAGGAAUUGUUUUUCUGGAUGAAGUAGAUAAGAUUGGCAGUGUUCCUGGUAUCCAUCAGUUACGGGACGUUGGGGGAGAAGGUGUUCAACAGGGCUUGUUAAAAUUACUUGAAGGCACAAUAGUAAACGUUCCAGAGAAGAAUUCUCGGAAGCUACGUGGAGAAACAGUGCAGGUUGACACAACAAACAUCCUGUUUGUAGCUUCUGGUGCUUUUAAUGGCCUUGACAGAAUUAUCAGCAGGAGGAAAAAUGAAAAAUACCUAGGAUUUGGGACACCAUCUAACAUGGGGAAAGGCAGAAGGGCUGCAGCAGCAGCUGAUCUUGCCAAUAUCAGUGGAGAGUCUGACCCACAGGAAGAUAUUGAGGAGAAAGAUCGCUUGCUGCGCCACGUGGAAGCCAGGGAUCUCAUCGAGUUUGGCAUGAUUCCGGAAUUUGUGGGACGUUUGCCUGUUGUGGUUCCUCUGCACAGCCUGGAUGAGAAAACCCUCGUACGAAUUCUUACAGAGCCACGGAAUGCUGUGGUUCCUCAGUACCAGGCACUGUUCAGCAUGGAUAAGUGUGAAUUAAAUGUAACUGAAGAUGCAUUGAAGGCUAUAGCCAGACUGGCCCUGGAUAGAAAAACUGGUGCCAGAGGUCUUCGAUCUAUAAUGGAAAAGCUGCUGCUGGAGCCCAUGUUUGAAGUGCCCAAUUCUGACAUCGUAUGUGUGGAAGUUGACAAAGAUGUUGUAGAAGGCAAAAAAGAGCCAGGAUACAUUAGGUAAAACCGUAACAGAAGUAGCAGAACAGACCAGUAAUACAACUAGACAGGGCUCCCACCAAGGAGUCAUCGGAAGAGGAGUAUGACUCUGGAGUGGAGGAGGAAGGCUGGCCUCGACAGGCAGAUGCUGCAAACCAUUAAACACUGUCAGAACUCUCACCUGAAGAAAGCUCACUCGGUUCUUUCCUUCCGAUUGCCUCUGGCUCCAGCCUGAUCCUAAAGGCACCGGAUCUGUCUUGGAUACGACUCGUGAUGAGGAACUCCAUUAGCUAAAUCAGAUCGUGUAUUUUAUUGCAGCAUCACAUUGAUUUUGAUGGACAGAGUGUGGACUGGGAUGACAUAAUGUUCAAAUAUGAAUUGUAUAUUACACUUGUUCAAUUAAAAUGUAUAGCAAAUGCAGCAGCACCUGCACUGCCCUUGCCAGAAGCUGAACCAGCAGUGCAGGUGCUGCCAAUAGUUAGAUUUAACAAUAAUGUUACUCUACAAAUGGGAAAUCAAAAUUAAUAAUUAGUAGAGGGUGAGUAAACUAUCUUAGCUCCUGGUACGGCUCACAGGGGGUUUUGUUCAGGUCAGUGUUAAGAGUCCUGCUGGUGUAUGAAACCCAGUGGGUGCUGGAGUGAUUUGUUACAUUGGUGGGGGAGGAAACCCUUUUGGAAAAACUGGGACACGCUUUUUGACACUGCUGGGAGAUUCUGCUAAAAUGUGACACUGGUUUGUUACGGUAAUUUGAAUAUCAAAUUAUAUCCUUCACGUCUCCAUUGGGAGCUUUAGACACCUUGGAUAAUGUGAAAGAAGGUGAAGUCAGUCAUUUGCUGGUUUUCCAGAGGGGUAAACAAGAUUCCUAGGAAGCAGUAAAACCAUCUAAAUUUGGAUGAGAAGUCGCCAUAAAUUUUUAAAUAUUAAUGUUCUAAUAUAGUACAUUUUGUUUAACAUAUUGGAACUAUCAUGCAUCAAUUUUUUGGUGCCAGGUAUUUGCCCAACCUAUCUUAUAAUGGUAAGAGAUGAAAGAAGUAAAUGUAUAAUAUUUUUGCUGUAAUCAGUAGUGAUUGUUCACAUGACAGUGUUUUUUAAGUUAUAUUCUCAAAUGCUAGUAUUGCAUCUUGUGGGUUUGUCUUUGGUUUUUAGUCUCACAGCAAGCAAUCCUCCCUCUCAUGUUUCCACCAAAAUGAAUUCAAUCCUUUAGGAAAGUGUAAAAACACUAAAGGACCUGUAUGUUUUUGAUUUGUUUCAGAAAUUAAAAGUGUCGCUUACAGCUUUGUUUUGUCCUUCAGUGAAAAUGUGGACUUGAGUUUCCCUAAAACUUUAAUUCAUACUAUUUAAAUAAAACUUUCAUCCUUCUUUUUAGUCUAGUGGAUGUUUUAGGACAGGAAAGGAUACUGAAAAUCUAUUGACCCUAUUUUUGUCAUUAAUUUUUGUCAUGUAAAUUUUAUGUGAUACUUGUGUUCUUCCCUAGCAGCAGUGACAUGCAGUUGUAGCCAGGUGCAACAGAUACUUUCCGUGGGAUUUCACAUUUUUUUUUCAGGUUAAAUUACCCAUUAAUGGUUCAGAAAAAGCUGCGUUUGGAGUUGAAGAUAUUUCUAGAAGCUUGGGCCCCUCGAAAUGGGAAUCUGUGGUGAACUAUCUGUAACUGCAUCCUCACUUUCCUUUUUGUAGAGUGAAAACGUGUAACAGCUUUUAAUUCUGAGUCCUUUAAUUCAAAUCCUUUUUUAAACAGAUAGAAAAAAACACCACAUUUUAGGUGAAACUGUUCAACAACUUAGUUUUGAAAGUUGUUUGGAAUUCUGUAACCAAGAACUGUUUUUAAGGAAACAAAAAUGCCGUGUAACUACAGUUUGUACUUCACCUCUGGCGUUUGAAUAAAAGCGAAUAUUCAAGCA